AUGGCCACAGUGUACUACUCCACCACCCCCACCGAGCCCAAGGAGACCCCCGACACGGAGGACGAGCCCCCGACCAUGACCGUCGAGCAGCUGGCCAAGUCCUCCCCCACCCCGACCCAGAACCUGCCAUCCUACCCGGGCGGGCAGAACCCCAUCACCGGGGAGGUCGGCGGCCCGAAGGGCGCCGAGCCCACCCGGUUCGGAGAUUGGGAGCGCGGCGGCCGUGCCGUGGACUUCUGA